AUUUUCCACUUAAAAAUUCUGAUUUUUUUGGGUCGAGGCCCAAAAAAAAAGGCUCAGUUAUGUAGAAUGCCCGCCCUUACCCAUGGCACUAGCAUUGCGCUGCCGUGUCGGUAGAAGGAGAAUAUGGAAGAAGACCAGAACGACGCCGUUCCAUGCUCAUCCCUCGCGGUUGAAUCCAUGCUUCGUGUCGGAACGGCCGGUGCAAUUUGGGGCUUGUGUACUGGUCCCUAUGACGCAACUAUACAAGGUCUUAGAGGCAUUCCCCGAGCUUCUUUUGUGGCAAACUCUGUUCGUAUUUAUGGGACUCAAUGUGGACUUGUAGCCGGAGUUUUCAGCAUUACUCGAUGUGGGGUUAAGAAAUACAGGGGGCGCAACGAUUGGGUUAAUGGUUUGAUUGGGGGAGCUGUAGCAGGUGCGACUGUUGCUGCUAGGACACGAAGUCGAAUGCAGGUGUUUGGGAUGGCUGGUUUGGUUUCUGUUUUCUGUGCUGUAGCUGAAUAUUCUAGAACAUGAAGUGCAUUUGUUAGAAACUGUGACAGAAGGAUAUCCGAGACUCAUGUUUUUUGAUAACACAUCAACAAGCAAAAUAGUUUGCCUUUUUUUGACAAAAGCAAAAUAGUUUGCUAUUUCACAGUUUUUAGCUAUCAUUUAUUUCAUUGGUUAGAACAUGUAUAUUUAUUUAUUCUGUACCAAAAAAAAAAAGAACAUGUAUAUUUAUUUUGUAUAUAUGUGUUUAGACAUCAAAGUAAUUUCAGUCUUCUUUA